UACAACGUUUAGCAUCAAACUUCGGUUAGACCAACAUCCGGAGGGACUUACUUUAUGUAACUGUUCUAGGGAGACGCCGAACAGCGCUGUGCAUCGUAUAAAGGGCCAGCUAUGUACACCGUUUUCUCCAGUCUACUUAUCCUUGCAAUCAGAAACAAUGACCUACACCAUCGCAGUCAGAACCAUCGACACCACUGCCAGCGACCCUGGUUUCACGGUCGUCGAGAAAACUGUGUGGUAUUACGCCAAUGGCGGAACGUGGUCUAACACAGGCUCUAUAGAGACGCUCGUCAUGGGCGGCAGCGGCACGUCUGGUGCGCUCCGCUUCAGAAAUGGCGCCGGGGAGGAGUUCCUUGUAACGCUGGGCAUCCACAACUAUAAUGUAUGGUGCGAUGCCGUCACUGACCUCGCGCCUGGAGACACGGGCUUGAAGAUUCACACCGAGUACUACACAGGCUAG